AUGCACAAGACGUACUCGUUGAGAAACGCUAGGACGCCCACGGCGGCGCAGUUGCAGAACCCUCCGCCACCUACGGCGUCGACGAGGGGCAAGUUCUUCGGGAAGGGCGGGAUCGCGUUUGCGUUCCGGCGGAACGCCGCGGGCGCGAUGGGCCCGGACCUCUCGCGGAAGCUGUCGCAGCUGGUGAAGAUCGAGAAGAACGUGCUGCGCGCAAUGGAGACCGCGGCGAACGAGCGGCGCGAGGCGGCGACGCAGCUGUCGCUCUGGGGGCUCGAGAACGACGACGACGUCUCGGACAUCACGGACAAACUGGGCGUGCUUGUGUACGAGAUGUCCGAGCUGGAUGACCAGUUCAUCGACCGCUACGACCAGUACCGUUUGACGAUGAAGUCGGUUCGCGACAUUGAGAACUCCGUGCAGCCCUCGCGUGACCGGAAGGACAAGGUCGCGGACCGGAUCGCGUUUAUGCGGUACAAGGAACCGGAUAACGUGCAGAAGAUCGAGGUGCUCGAGCAGGAGCUCGUGCGUGCUGAGGCAGAGUCCCUGGUCGCAGAGGCACAGUUGUCCAACAUCACAAGGUCCAAACUAAAGGCUGCGUUCAACUACCAGUUCGAGUCCAUGAUCGAGCACUCCGAGAAGGUGGCGCUCAUCGCAGGGUACGGGAAGGCGCUGCUCGAGUUGCUAGACGACUCGCCAGUCACGCCGGGGGAGACCAGGCCCGCGUACGACGGGUACGAGGCCUCCAAGCAGAUCAUCAUCGACGCAGAGGCUGCUUUGAACGAGUGGACUCUGGACUACGCGCAGGUCAAGCCCACUUUGAGUUUCAAGCAGGAGGACUACGCCGAUUACGAGUCCGAGUCCGACUCGGACAUCGAGCGGGCGCACGCCCAGGGGGAACCGCACGAGGAGGAGCAACACGGGGAGGACGGAGACUUGUGGAAUAACGAGGAAGGCGCACCAGUGCACGCUCAAACUACCACAACCACAACCACCGAACAGACAACCGUGGCCGUGUAG